CCCUAGCUGAAACAGACAGGCUAGAGCGCCGAUUCAGUGAAGCGUCGUUACGUUUGAAACGCCAGCACGUUUGAGCGUUUCCCUCGCACAGAGCGAUAAACCGAGUUAAUGAAGAGACUGUAGCUGGUCCCCGGCGUCUGCUGCCCUCCUCCGCUCCUCACCCGCAGGGGUUAAAGAGGGAGCGGGCCGAGCUCGGGGUGUGACGUAGCUGCUGCACGGCGCCGACUGCAGUGCGUGUGUGUGUGUGUGUGUGUGUACGGAGGCCGAACAGAUAGAAACGCACAGAGAGCGAUAUCGGCACACUCCGGCUCUGAGACACAGCGGAGACACCGAGCGGACAUCGUUUCGGAGGAUUCCUGGCUGUGUUUUAUUUGUUUUCAGGAGUGAGCUGUAGAGCGCUGCUGAGCUGGGAACGAGCGAGCGCGCGAGCAGCGCGUGUCCUUCGCCUCGCAGAGAGGGAGAGAGAGAGAGAGAGAGAGAGAGAGGGGGGAGAGAGAGAGAUGCUGCUGCGGUUCCCCGUCCAUCGUCUUUCGACCACGAGAGUCUGAAGCGGCCAGGGAAAUGGCUCUGUAGGCCGGAAAGCGCUGUUGGUGCUGGUGAAAAUGCGAGGCAGCGGCUCGCUCUCUGCAGGUGGAUGGCCGACCUGACCUGACGGGCGAGAGAGGAAGAGAGGGAGGAAGAUAAAGGGGAAAGGAGAGAGAGAGAGAGAGAGAGGGAGAGGUGUGAGGCCAUGCUGCCCGGGGUAGGCGUGUUCGGCACCAGCCUGACGGCCAGGGUCAUCAUCCCCCUGCUGAAGAACGAGGGCUUCUCCGUAAAGGCUCUGUGGGGACGGACCCAGGAGGAGGCCGAGGAACUCGCCAAGGAGAUGAACGUCGCCUUCUACACGAACCGGAUCGACGACGUGCUCCUCCACCAGGAUGUUGACCUGGUCUGUAUCAACCUCCCCCCGCCCCUCACCAGACAGAUCGCCGUCAAGACGUUAGGCAUUGGCAAGAACGUCAUCUGUGACCGGACAGCUACACCACUGGAUGCCUUCCGCAUGAUGUCAGCAGCCCAGUACUACCCCAAGCUGUUGAGCAUCAUGGGUAAUGUCCUGCGCUUCCUGCCAGCCUUCGUGCGCAUGAAGGAACUGCUGGAGGAGGGCUACAUAGGGGAGCUGCUAGUGUGCGAGGCACAGGUCCAUGGUGGUAGCCUCCUGGGCAAGAAAUACAACUGGAGUUGCGAUGACCUGAUGGGUGGCGGAGGACUUCACUCAGUGGGCAGCUACAUCAUUGACCUGCUCACAUUCCUAACUGGUCGACGUGCUGUCAAGGUACACGGCUUCCUCAAGACUUUCGUCAAACAGACUGACCACAUCAGGGGCAUCAGGCAGAUCACCAGUGACGACUUCUGCACUUUUCAGAUGGUGCUAGAGGGUGGCGCUUGCUGCACCGUGACACUGAACUUCAACGUGCCUGGCGAAUUCCGGCAGGAGGUGGUCGUGGUGGGCACGGCUGGCCGCCUCACUGUGAGCGGCACGGAUUUAUACGGUCAAAAGAACAGCGGUGAGGGAGGUCGUGAGCUCCUACUCAAGGACAGCACGCCUUUGGGCAACGCAUCCUUGCCUGACAAGGCCUUUAGUGACAUCCCCUCGCCCUACCUCACGGGCACCAUCUGCAUGGUCCAGGCUGUACGGCAGGCCUUUCAAGACCAGGAUGACCGGCGGACCUGGGACGGGCGGCCACUCACCAUGGCUGCCACGUUUGAGGACUGUCUGUAUGCUUUGUGCGUGGUGGACACGAUUAAGAAGUCCAAUCAGUGUGGCGAAUGGCAGAACAUUGUAGUGAUGACGGAGGAGCCUGAGGUCAGUCCAGCCUACCUGAUCAGUGAGGCCAUGCGACGCAGCAGGAUGUCUUUGUACUGCUAGAGCUGCUUGUGAAAUCACUGAAUAGAGUUAAAUGGAAGUUCAAUGAAAAUGAGAGAAAGAGGUCACUCCCUUUAGGAUUGGAGGAAUGUAAUAAAACAAAGCCUGCUACAUUUUGAGUUGCGCUAACUGGUGUGUCUAGUUUCUAGCUUUGCUGGGAAGUGAAUGAAAGGAAUGCACAGGAUUGCAAGUAAACAGCAAUAUACUUUCUUGACUUUCUCUGAACGGCACUGCUUCUGGGUGAAAUCACACUGGAUUCAUGGAGGAUGAGUGAGUGGGAACUGUUUAGCUUAUUUUUCCUCACUGGAGAAUACCACUCCAGGAACACAUCUAGCCAUGACAAACAUGGCUCUGUACUUCCUGCAUGGAGAUGAAUGUCCAAACCCAAUGGGCUUUAGUACUACUGUCCUGUGUAUAUGUACUGUGAGUAUGUGUAUGUGUGUGUACUGUUUGUAUGCUGAACAGUACAAAAAGCCUAAAAAUCAAUAGUUUGGCUGGUAGGCCUUUUAAAGAGGAACUCCCCUCUAGUCAAAUUCGCAAUAAAUCUGCCUAGACACCCUUGUAUGCCUGAAAUACAAGGUGACGGCUUUUUCCAGCUAUGUGUUUAAAGGGGAGAGAAUAAUACAUACAAAUUAAUGGGAGUCUGCUUUUCUUGGUAGCUUAGGUUACCGACACUACCAACAACUAGGGCUGAAAGAUUAAUUGUUUUUAUAUCACAGUUUGAAAAAAUGCAGUUUUUAAAUUGCAAGAGCUGCAAUUUUAAUUAUAAACUACAUUGUUUAACAUUUCUUAACAUUACAUUCAGCAUUUAUCCCUCAAGCCCGCGACCCUAUCUGGAUUAAGCGGUUAACGACGAUGAUGAUGAUUUGUCCCUCAAUAGCGAAAAAUAGAUGUGGUCAUCUUCUUGAGGGCAAAAAAGCAUGCAGCUAAAUUUAUAGAACCUAUUCACAUUUAAUAGGAAUAAAAAAAUAGUUGGAAAAUCAAAGUUAGUUUUUUCCCUUAAUUGUUCAGCCCUAGCAGUAACUGUGUUUUACAGGUUCUAUAUGUGGCUCAGUGUUGGCCAGCUAGAUUCAGCGUGUGAUGCCGAGCCUUCCUAUGCUUGCAUGCUUGGGUAAGAAUGUAGAAUACAUCUGUGGACGCAAGUCAAUCAAUCAGCAAUGGCCUCUGUUUAGUCCUGCAUAAAUGUUCCAGCAUGCAUGCAACCUGCACUGUUACAGAAAAGACUGAAACAAUUACUAUCAAUAUGAUCUAAGCAAACAAGUGGUACGUGUGGUAGAGAUAGAACCUAAAACAAAAUAGUAAAUAUGCCUAUUUGUUCUUAGUUAUUGACUGAGACAUUUAAGAGUCUUAUACCAUCACUUACUUUGCCCUGUUACAUGGCAAAACAGUAGUAAUACUAUUUGUUUACAGGGUAAAAUCGCUGGUGUUGAAUGGAUGAUAUAAGUCUGAAGUUGAUUCAAACACUGCUGAUUUUACGCUCCGUGGUUUUUCAUCCACAUGCUCUAAGCUAGGUUUAUGUGUCUUAGCCAGGUCUGAUAAUGGGCAGGUUGGUUUAUAUGGACAUUUCUAGCAACCUCUCAUAUGAUCAGAGUUGCACAUUUUUGAGGGCUAGAAACAAUUAGAGCCAGCUAUAAGCUUAAAAUUCUGUAUACCAAAACCUAUUCAAAACACGCAAGAGGUGCUAGACGAUGGUGUGAACCAAUGUACUGUAUUGACCUGAAGAUAUUCCCAAAUUACAUUUUUAUUAGUGCAUAAUAUUUUUCAGCAUCAUCUGUUAUCACUUACUCUUAGCUCUCACACUGACCUACAAGCCAAAAGAUUGAUUUUUGUUUUAAUCUUUCUUUUUAAGUGUUGUCAAGGUAUUACAAAGCUUGAAGUGUUCAACAUAACAUCAUCCAUUGUCUGUGUUCAGUGUAGGUAACAUAUUACAGUAGCAUUUUACUUGAACAGUGCUACAUAACAUUGACAUGACCAUGCCAUACAUAUGUCCAAGCAGAUCAGCUGUCAUGACGGAUUGUUUCCAGUAAUAUAACAGUGUCAUGUUUCCAUUACUGUUGCCAUAAAGUCAUGAUGGCUAACUAGAACGCAAACAAAAAUUAGCACAUGAUGUUGUCAUGACAGCUGACAUUUGCCAUGAUGGCAUGGUUGUCAGUGUUAUGUAGCAGAGUUCAAAUGAAGUGUUACCCUUAUUAUUGCAGUCAUCACUCGGCUGAUAUAACAGAGUCAUAUGGCUGUCAUAAGCGGUAGUAAAAUGUUUUUAUAAUAAGACUGACAGCAAUGAUGCAAAUGACUUUCAACACGAUUCCUAGCAAAAAUUCAUACUGAUCACUGUGUCAUGCUUGAUGCUUGUGUACAUUUAUAAUGUGUCAUAACCAGGUAAGACUUCUGUAAACUGUUACGACAGCUUAUCACACUGUUAUAUUAGCUUCAACCUCACAGACGUUUAUUUUGAGAAAUGUACGUUGACAUUUUGUUUGAUUCAAUAUGACUGUAUUUUUUUUUUAAACUGCCCGUGAAAAACACCUGCUGUAAAUAACUACAUAGCUUUUUUAUACAUGCUAUGUGUAAAAUAGACAUAUUUAUUUUAGUUUUUUUUGGAUGUUUCGCUUCAAAUCAGGAACUGUGUGUAUUGUUAGAGAGGAACAGAGAGGCCUUUGAGUGCACACUUCUCCAAGAGAAGUGCAGCACUUCCACUGUGAUGCUACUGUUAAAGUGUGUGACCAAAUCUGACCCCCCCACCCCCUCCUUCUUCUCCCUUCAAGUAAGUGCACCUGUUUCAGUGCUGUUAAUUCACACAAUUAAUGACAAAUUCAUAGAAAAUCAACCAUGACGAUUUUCUCUGCAGGUACCAAUGUAAUGUUUAGGAAUGUAUUGAAAUAUUAAUUUCUACACGGUGAUAUCUGAAUCACAUUGGUAGCAAAGCAUCAAACCACUAAUUAGAUUUGACUGGGACGGUUAGUGGUGGGUGAUAAGGCAAAAAAAUAUAAUACUUGAUGACAAAUAUGCAAUCAUGAUAUUAGGUUUGCCAGUGGUUUAAUAAGUUGGAACAGAAAUGAAGACCAGGUACGCAAUUUUAAAAAUAGUAUCAAAAAAUAUCCAUGCUGUAAUUUUUAUUCAGCGUUUCACAUUCAUUUGACAUAUUACACGUAUGUAAUAAAACAAGCAGUUGGUCAGUGUUCUUUAAGUACUGUUUUGUGGGUUGGUUGCUAGAAUGCUAUCAGUGCACCGAGGAAGGUUGUGUGCCAAGUGUAAUAAAUAUUUUGGCAAUUCUGCGAGUGCUGUCUGAACUUUUUCUUUUAGUACUGACCAUAUUCACAAUACGCUCAGAACAGCAGAUAGUGACAUGGUUUGUCAUGACUAUGAAAAAAUAUAGUCAUAUUGCCCAGCACUAAUUCACACUGCUAUUUAAUUCAAUAUUUAUUGUAUUCUAGAAGAGCAGAAUGUGAAUUCAGUGUGGAUUUGCUGAGCUAAAAGGUCUACGUUGUCUUUAUUUUACAGCUCUUGUAACCCUCUACAAAUAAAUGGUGCAUUUAUUCAUAAAGCUAGUCCAAAUGUGUCUGUAUCAGCAUCGACAUCGACAGAUAUUGGAUAUCAACACUGGCCCAGAAUUCCUGUAUUUGUACAUCCCUAUGAAUUUUUAAACACAAAAAGUCAUGUGCUCCUAAAAAUGCAAACUUGUUUAUUCUUGAAUAUUUGCAAACUAUUCCCGUGUUCAUUUAUUCCUGCUUGCCCCUGUGUUAGUUUCAUAAUCCUACGCAUACUAAACUAGACUGUAUACUGGCAGCCAAGCUCAGUGACCUUUCACCUUCUUUUCUUAAUCCUUCACAUUCGUUCUGCUUCGUGCACUUUUGUUAUCUGGGCUGGACAUUUUAGCAGUUAUCCUAAGCUGCAUUUUUAAUGUUUCCACAUAAAUAAUUCUGGACAUUUCUCAUGAUGGGCCUUAAAAGACAUAGAUUCACCCUGUCGGCAGCCUCCAUUAACUUGGCUCUCUAUUUAAUUAAAAGUCCCUAAAGGUCACACAUCAUCCUCACUUCUCUUAAUUGAUCCGAGUGCUAGAUGACGUUUUCUAAAGACAAAAAUGAGCUUCCCAUGGCUGAGGUUUCACACUGGGAGAAAUAAAGUACUUGAGAGCUAAUCCAGUUUGUGCCUACGGCUGAUUCUGGACACUUCAGAGUUAUCAGCAUAAUGCAAAUACGAACGACUAUCAUCAAAACAACUUCCAACACACCCCUGAAGCUAUUUGCCUAGAAAUUCAUUAAAAAAAGGAUUUCAAAUGAUACACAGCCUGAAACAUGUGCCGCUGAUAACUUAAUAAGCGCUGAAUUAACAUAAGCUGAUAUCAGCUUGAUUGAAGCUGUAUUGAUCUGAGGUGUGUUCAUCAGUGAGGUGCACACUUUCAGGACAGGUUCCAGACAUGAAGAGAUGAUUCAACUAUGUGGGGCAUUGAUACUCUUCAAAAGUGGGCCAGAUUUUGUCACUGAAAGCAAUGCCUUUAGAUUUUACAAAGAGAAAUCAGAACACUUUGCUCAGAUCUGAAUAUUGUAUCAAUCUGCAAAAAAAUUCUGAAUUAUAUGAUAAGCUUGUCAUGAUUGUUUUUUAAACUGUUUAAAGUCAGUUCCUAUCAUGACUAGGAAAGUUCCAUCAAGAAAUCAAUGUGUCCACCAUCUGUCCUUCCACAGCUGCUGUAUUAAUGCAAUUAUGCAGAUAGUGUGAUGAUGUCUGUAUAACUGGAAUAAGUGUUUUUUUGUUUUUUUUUUGCUAUCUUUCUUUGGUUAAUGUGAGGUUUUACCCCAGACAUAUACUGGACACGUAACAACAAAGCUGCAGUCUUGUUGCUGAUUGCUGUUAUGCUCUUUCUGAUGUUGCUUGUUUCUGAACAAAACAAAACUGUACAAAAAAAAAAGAGGAUAAAAACUUGAAACCGUUGGGAAAAUGUUACAGCUGGAAAUGUUUGAAGUGUAUAUGUACGCUUGUACCGCUGUGUGUAAGUAUCUCUUCCCUUCUCUUUAGGCAGCAUUUGCAAACAUGUUGGGUUAGGACGUGGAGGUGGUGGGGCGCUUUGAAAGGCCUGGGGACUAAAGGGGUCUGGAUUUGGCGAGGACACACUCGGCCUUCCAAAAUUGUUUCCGGUUAAACAAAGCUUUGAUGGAAGGGUGAGUCUAAGAAGAAGAGUGAAUCCUUUUAGUCAACCUUGGGAAGAUGUUAAUGCGUAGCCUCUCAGCCUAUAGACCAGGGGUGUACUGAUACACAAAUUCAUGAGACGAUGUGUUCUGUUGUUUUUGCUCCGAUACCUUCAAACAGAAGUAAAAAAUAAAGGGCAGCAUUCUUUUG